CGCCCCUCUCUCUCUCUCAGAAUCCGCUACCCGGAAGUCAGCGGGGACGCGCUUCCUAGAACGCGUUCCCUGUGCUCCUCUCAAGGUCUUGGGAUUGUACGCGGUGGCUUUUCCUGUUUUUCCCAUCAGUGCUGCUUUCUCUUUAAAGGGGACAGUGGGAAGGAUAAACCGAACUCCCCCCCCCCCUGCCCCGGACAUGCAGCCGCCCCCGCCCAGGCUGAGGAGCUGCCGGAGGAGGAGAUGAGGCUCCGCAAUGGUACGUUCCUGACUCUGCUCGCCUUCUGCUUCUGCAUCUUCCUCUCUGUGUCCUGGUACUCGGCUUUCAGCGGGCAGAAAGGGCAAGUGGUGGAUGUUUAUCAGCGAGAGUUCCUGGCCCUCAGGGAUAGACUGCACGCCGCAGAGCAGGAGAACCUAAAGCGAUCCAAGGAGCUCAACCUUGUCCUGGACGAGAUAAAGAGGGCCAUAUCGGAAAAGCAAGCCCUGCAAGACAUCAACCGGACAUGGAGCAGCCUAUCCGAUGACACCAAGCUUAAACUGUGGAAUAUCACACACAAGAAUGUGUUACAUCUGCCCACCAUCUUCCAUCAUUUGCCCCAUCUGCUGUCUAAGGAGAACAGCCUUCAGCCAGCUGUUCAUGUCGGCCAAGGCCGGACUGGAGUAUCUAUAGUUAUGGGAAUCCCAAGUGUGAAGAGGGAGGUCCACUCCUAUCUGACGGACACGCUGAACUCCCUGCUGUCGGAGCUCAAUCAGCAGGAGAAGGAAGACUGCGUGAUCGUGGUGCUAAUUGCAGAGACAGAUGCUCAGUAUGCUACAGCCGUGGCAGAAAAUAUCAAAAGCAUGUUCCCAGGUGAAAUACAAUCAGGUCUUCUUGAGGUCAUAUCACCGUCCCCCAAUUUCUACCCAGAUUUCUCACGUCUCCGUGAAUCUUUUGGUGAUCCCCGGGAGCGUGUCAGGUGGAGGACAAAGCAGAAUCUGGAUUACUGCUUCUUAAUGAUGUAUGCCCAAUCAAAAGGCACGUACUAUGUACAGCUGGAGGAUGAUAUUGUGGCCAAACCCAACUAUCUGAGCACAAUGAAAAACUUUGCCCUUCAGCAACCCUCCGAGGAAUGGAUGAUUCUGGAAUAUUCCCAGCUUGGCUUUAUUGGGAAACUGUUCAAGUCCCUGGAUCUUAGCCUGAUUGUGGAGUUCAUUCUUAUGUUCUACAAGGACAAACCAAUUGAUUGGCUACUGGACCAUAUUCUGUGGGUGAAGGUCUGCAAUCCUGAGAAAGAUGCUAAACACUGUGAUCGUCAAAAAGCCAAUCUGAGGAUCCGCUUUAAGCCCUCGUUGUUCCAGCACGUGGGGACCCACUCCUCUCUGGCUGGAAAAAUCCAGAAGCUUAAGGACAAAGAUUUUGGCAAACAGGCCCUGCGGAAAGAGCACGUGAAUCCUGCUGCCGAGGUCAGCACCAGCCUCAAAACCUACCAACAUUUCACUUUAGAGAAGGCAUAUCUGAGAGAGGAUAUCUUCUGGGCCUUCACGCCUACAGCUGGAGACUUUAUACGCUUCCGAUUCUUUAAACCUUUGAGGAUAGAAAGGUACUUUUUCCGUAGCGGUAACAUUGAGCACCCAGAAGAUAAACUGUAUAACACCACCAUGGAGAUCCUGCCUUUCGAUAGCCUUCAGUCUGAUAAGGAAACCUUGCCAGAGGGGAGAAGAAAGUUUUCAAAAUACAACCGCACACCAGAUGGAUACUUCCAAAUAGGAUCCUUUAACAAGGGUAUCGCAGAAGGAGAGGUGGACUCUUCAUUUGGGCCCCUGGAGGCUCUACGGCUCUCUAUCCAGACUGAUUCUCCUGUCUGGGUCAUUCUAAGUGAGAUAUUUAUAAAGAAGUCAGACUGAGGAGUCCAUGUUAUUAACAAGUGGAAUGAGUGGCUCUUUUGGUUCUUCUAUGCGCUUCUCUGAGACCCAAAAGCACAGGAGCGCCUGUAUUGGACAAAGCAGAGGCAUUUGACUCAGAACUCAACGCACGGCAGCUGGGAAAGCCGCUUUCUCUACAGAACACAGGGCCACAGCACCCCAAACUCACCCAUGAAAUCCUCGCCACCGAUUGGGCAAAGGACGCGCUGGUGGAAAACAAUUCUUAUGGACCAAAAAUGAUGCCCCGUUUUUUUAACCAACCGUAUGUUCCGUGGCAUUGAGUCCAAAAGCACAAAAUAAUGGAUCAAUGGUGGCCAAAGCGAGCUUUCUGUACUUGUUAGGGGUAUGUUUAGUUGGGCGGGCAGAAUGCAACAACUGUUCACACUUCAUGCCUAAUUUGCUAUAGCUUUAACUAUUACAGUGCUUCCUGACCCACCCCGUGUUACUGGCCCCUACAGCACUGACGCAGUUAGCCUUGUUUUUAUAUGUUUUCUGUUAUCCGGGUAGUUUUUAUCGUUUUAUUUGUUAGGAGCCUGUUUACAAAAUUCUUGUUCUCUGCAAAAUCUCGGAGUAUAUUUCCACCAAUGGAAGGGUAGGGGUUAGAGCCUCGGAGUAUAUUUCCACCAAUGGAAGGGUAGGGGAUAGAGCCUCGGAGUAUAUUUCCACCAAUGGAAGGGUAGGGGAUAGAGCCUCGGAGUAUAUUUCCACCAAUGGAAGGGUAGGGGAUAGAGCCUCGGAGUAUAUUUCCACCAAUGGAAGGGUAGGGGUUAGAGCCUCGGAGUAUAUUUCCACCAAUGGAAGGGUAGGGGAUAGAGCCUCGGAGUAUAUUUCCACCAAUGGAAGGGUAGGGGUUA